AAAAAGAAUAGAAUAUGAAAAUACUAAUAUUAUUGACUCUCUGGUCUAGUUGUCUCCACAAAGACUCAAACCUUCUCAUACAGUAAACAAAAAGAAAAUCGCAGUAGCCAGUAGUACACUGCCAGUAUUAAUUGUUUUCAGUUGUAAAUCUUCAGUUCGAGUGUGUUUUCAGUUUUUCAAGAAAAUUAUUUGGGUCAGAAAUGUUUGUUCAAGAACGGGUACACCCCAAAUCACCAAGAACAACACUACCCACUUCAAAUAAUCACCACCAUCUCAACGAGUACCGUUUUUCCCCAUCAAAAUCACUCGAUUUCUCGACUUGGUUCGCCGAAAACCGCUUCAAAAUCAUCACAUGUCUCUUCCUCAUCGCCACCGUGGCCGCCCUCUUCUUCCUCAGAAACACCGGCGACACGGCGGCUUUUCUUUACCUCCAGUCAAGAUCACAGCCAAUUGAGAAGACUUUAGCUUUUCCACGUAUUAAUUGGAACCAAAUCAAACCCAUUUCUGAUCAAGCUUCCCCUUUUGCAAAUUUCCGUACAGAGAAGUGGAUCGUUGUUUCGGUGGCGGAUUACCCGUCUGAUUCACUUAAAAAGCUGGUUAAGCUUAAAGGGUGGCAGCUGUUAGCUAUUGGGAACUCGAGGACUCCGAAAGAUUGGGAGUUGAAGGGGUGUAUAUACUUAUCUUUAGAGCAGCAGGCUAGUUUAGGGUUUAGGGUUGUGGAUUAUGUGCCAUUUGAUUCUUAUGUGAGGAAGAGUGUGGGGUAUUUGUUUGCUAUUCAACAUGGUGCUAAGAAAAUCUUUGAUGCCGAUGAUCGCGGCGAGGUGAUUGGUGAUGAUUUAGGGAAGCAUUUUGAUGUUGAGUUGAUUGGGGAAGGAGCAAGGCAAGAGACUGUUCUGCAGUAUAGUCAUGAGAAUGAGAAUAGGACUGUUGUGAACCCUUAUAUUCAUUUCGGGCAAAGGUCUGUGUGGCCUAGGGGUUUGCCAUUGGAGUAUGUUGGUGGGAUUGGGCAUGAGGAGUUUUACACUGAGGUUUUUGGUGGGAAACAGUUUAUACAGCAGGGUAUUUCAAAUGGAUUGCCAGAUGUUGAUUCUGUGUUUUAUUUUACGAGGAAAUCUGAUUUGGAAAGUUUUGAUAUAAGGUUCGAUGAGCAUGCUCCGAAAGUUGCGCUACCUCAAGGUACGAUGGUGCCGGUUAAUUCGUUUAAUACGAUUUAUCAGUCUUCUGCUUUUUGGGGUUUGAUGCUUCCAGUUUCUGUUAGUACAAUGGCAUCUGAUGUUCUAAGGGGUUAUUGGGGGCAAAGACUUUUAUGGGAGAUCGGUGGGUAUGUUGUUGUUUAUCCGCCUACUGUGCAUAGAUAUGAUAGGGUAGAGGCAUACCCGUUUUCGGAGGAGAAGGAUCUUCAUGUAAAUGUAGGGAGGUUGAUAAAGUUCUUGGUUGCUUGGAGAUCAACUAAGCAUAGAUUGUUUGAAAAGAUUUUGGAGUUGAGUUACGCAAUGGCGGAGGAAGGCUUUUGGACUGAGCAGGAUGUGAAGUUCACUGCUGCUUGGCUUCAGGAUUUGAUAGCUGUUGGGUAUCAGCAGCCUAGGUUAAUGUCAUUGGAAUUGGAUAGGCCACGGGCAAGUAUUGGUCAUGGGGAUCGAAGGGAAUUUAUUCCACGUAAAUUGCCAUCUGUGCAUCUUGGAGUAGAGGAAAUAGGGACUGUGAAUUAUGAGAUUGGAAAUUUGAUUCGUUGGAGGAAGAAUUUUGGGAAUGUUGUACUUAUCAUGUUUUGCACUGGACCUGUGGAACGGACAGCUUUAGAAUGGAGAUUGCUAUAUGGCAGGAUAUUUAAAACUGUGGUUAUUUUGUCACAUCAGAGGAAUGAUGAUCUGGCUGUUGAAGAAGGCAAUUUGGAACAAUUAUACAGGCAUUUGCCGAAGAUAUUUGAUCGGUUUACUAGCGCAGAAGGAUUUUUAUUCCUUAAGGAUGAUACUGUCCUCAAUUAUUGGAAUUUGCUUCAGGCAGACAAGACUAAACUAUGGAUUACUGACAAGGUAUCCAAAUCCUGGAGUACUGUGUCAACCAGUGGAAACUCCGAUUGGUAUGCAAAACAAGCAGAAAUGGUAAAAAAAAUAGUUGGUUCAAUGCCCGUAAAUUUCCAAGUCAAUUAUAAGGAUGCUAUGAAGAAUGAUCAGGGACUCACGAUAUGCAAUUCUGAGAUAUUUUACGUUCCCCGCCACUACGUAGCUGACUUUGUCGAUCUUGUCAGUUUGGUGGGUGAUGAAAAAAUCCAUAACAAUGUAGCGAUACCUAUGUUCUUUGUUUCGAUGGAUUCACCGCAGAAUUUUGAUUCGGUGCUUAGUACAAUGGUCUAUAAGCGAAAGCCACCCUCUGCUAAUUCGACGUUUUACAAUGUUCAAGCUCCUGCUGUUCACCCAUGGAGUGUGUCAAGUGAACAAGAUUUUAUAAAGCUAGUAAGAAUAAUGGCAGGAGGUGACCCUCUUCUAAUGGAGUUAGUUUGAAGGUAAAAACCACCAUUUCAUACUCACAUGAACUACAAUAGAGACAAAGAAAGAAACUGUAACUUCUUGUACCUGUUAUACAAAAUUCUUUUUUCUUUUUCCCCCAAGUUUUCCACUUAAGCCUUUUUUUUUUCUUUUAGAAUGUAAUUUGUGCAAGUUCUGUUUCAUUUUCUUUGUAGAUUUACAGUGUAUGAUUCAUUUACUGAUUGGGUAUUCACCCCAGUGACAGAAACAUUGCAAUUUUUUUUCUGUCAAGGAAAUAUGAGAAGAUUGUAGUCUUAGAAUUGUUUGA